GGAGCAUUUCAGUUUGCAUUCACUGCUCCAUAAUAUCAAAUGGAUAGUAAGUAACUCUUCAUUCAGAGUUUGUUUAAUGUGCAUAUAUUGAUGAAGGAAUAUAUCUACAGUGAAUACAGUCAGUCUUAAUAAUUAGAGGAUAUUAUGUACAUGUUUUCUAUGAUAGGCAAUAAUAUACAGCAGUUGUAUUCGAUUUGGUUUACGCUGUUGUCUUACCAAAAUUGUUUAGAGAUCUCAAAUGACUGACAUAACUGGCUGAGUGUGAUGACUUAUGUACAGAAACUGCUGUUAGUAGGGGAAAGAGGUUGAAUCAAGUAAUGCUUAGGGUGUGAGGGGUCUGUAAUGGUUUUCCUUGCCCCUGUUUCUUGACUUUGAAGGUGUACAAGUCGAUAUGGCCCCAGUUAUAUUUUCUGCAGACUUAACUGUCUGUUUAAGCCUGUUCCUGUCUAGACCUUACCAUGAGUGAUGUGCAGAGGACAAACUCAGUAACAGCACUAUAGAACAGGAUCAACAGCUAAUUCUCAUCACUGACACAGGGAGUAACUUUGUACUUGUAAUGGAGUCUAUGUAACAGUGCCACUUCUGUUCCUGGGAGAUCCCAGAAUGUUGCUCGUUUCCACAGCCAGCAUAUUACUGUUGAGUAUGGUGAGCUGGGGGAGUGUGUGUGUGUGUGUGUGAAGUCCACUGUCAUCUCCACAUUUACAAUAUACUUGUAUCAAGCUUCAAAGCAGUGUAAUUCAAUACAAUACAGCACUGUCUGAAAAUAGUUAAAUCAUUGUGUCAGCAGAAUUACCAUGAAAAAUUAUUAAAAUUAAGCGCUGACCUUACAAAGGCAAUUCAUUGCAAAAGCAUUGUAUAGAACUACAGUACAUUGCUCAAGUGUCACUUUUACUGUGUCCAUCCUGUUCUUCUUACAACAUAGAUGGUAUUCUUAUAAUAUUAAGUUAGGACAACCUUAUUUUGCUUUGCCCUCCCUUGGUCACGUGUGGUGCAAGAUAAUAUUAAACAUUUAGAAUGCAGUUGUGUUAUUGCAGAUUGCACUGUCCGCUGUUGUAAUUAUCCUCUCAGUCUCUUGGUGACGCUCUUUUAUAAUGCCUGACUCAUGGAUGCUAUGGCGUGUCUCCUAUCUGUGUCAGUGGAACUGGAGUAUUGGGUUAGAGCCGAGGGCUGUGUAUGCAUGAAUGUUUGUGUUUGUGUGGAUGUGUAUGAGGGAGAGAAGGAGAGAGAGAGUGGGUUAGAGAGAGAGAGUGAGGUCGAGAGAGAGAAGGAGAGAGAGGUAGAGAAAGAGAGGGAAAGAGAGAGCCGUGGUGAAAAGGGGAUAGAGAGAGGAAUCCAAGCUGACGGCUUCCCUAAUAGAGCAUGAGUAACUCAGCUAGAGAAGCAGGGAUUCGUUGGAUUACAGCAGCAUUUUCAGUUCGAUAUUUGGAUGUACAUGUUUAGGAUUUAGCUAUAAUGUCGACAGCAAAUUUGUUUCUGAAAGCAUGUUUAAUAAUGGACCAGCGAAUAAAAUUUAAAUGGUGGCUGAAUUAUUUAUUGUUUACCCUCCUUUUUGGUGUUUCUUUUGGAGAAGUCCGUUAUGUUCUUCCAGAGGAGAUGCAGCGGGGGUCGGUUAUCGGGAACGUUGCUCGGGAUCUGGGGCUGCGAGUGACGGAGCUUGCUGCUCGUCGCGCCCGGGUUGUUGCAGAGGGAACAAGCCAGCUGUGUGAACUGGACACUGCGUCAGGCAGUCUUUUGAUCAGCCAACGGAUAGACCGAGAGGAGCUUUGCGCGCAAGCAACUGUCUGCAUCUUACAGUAUCAGCUCUUACUUGAGGAUCCCCUUCAAGCAUACAGCUUAGUUUUGGAUAUUGCAGAUAUAAAUGACAACAGCCCAGUUUUUGCUGCAGGAGAGAUAAACCUAGAUUUAGUGGAAUCUACAGUUCUAGGGAGGCGCUUUCCGUUGGAGAGCGCGCAUGACCCCGAUUUGGGCAUCAACUCUGUCCGUGAAUAUAAACUGAGCCCGAAUGAUCAUUUUGCACUGGAAAUGAGUUCUCAAAUAAAUGGCAAUGCUUAUCCGGAGCUAGUCCUUAAAAAGGCCUUGGACCGGGAGGCACAGGCUGAACAUGUACUGAAAAUCAAUGGAAUUGACGGGGGAAAUCCGGUCAGAUCAGGAACUGCUUCUAUCCACAUCCGUGUUUUGGACGCCAAUGAUAAUGUCCCAGUUUUUAGCCAACGAGUUUACAAAGCUUCUGUACCAGAGAACUCGGCCGUGGGAACUGUCAUAGCAAAACUGAAUGCCACGGACUUAGAUGAAGGUGUUUAUGGAGAGAUAACGUACUCUUUCAGUCACCUGUCAGACAAGACUGGAGGAGUUAUUGAAAUGAACCCUCAGAGUGGAGAAGUACGGGUGACAGGGCUCAUUGACUAUGAAGAGGCUAGUACGCACGAGCUGGACGUUCAGGCUAAAGAUGGCGGCGGUCAGGCCUCUCACUGUAAACUUAUAAUUGAUGUAAUUGAUGUAAAUGAUAAUAAACCCGUGAUAGAAAUAAAAUCAGCCUCUGCUAACGUAGCUGAAGACUCUAAGCCAGGAACUAUGGUUGCUCUGAUUAACAUUUAUGACCUGGACACUGGAAGCAGUGGGCGUGUCACGUGCACAAUCUCAGACAAUGUUCAAUUUAAAUUUGUAUCAGAGGUGAAAAACUACUACAUGUUAGUUACUGACGGAUUAUUAGACAGAGAACUUCAACCAGAGUACAACAUCACAAUCACGGCCACUGAUGCGGGCUCUCCCUCACUCUCCAGCGUAAAAGUUCUAACAAUCAUGGUUAAUGAUAUAAAUGAUAAUCCCCCGACUUUUACACAGAGCGAGUACAAUGCCAACAUUUUGGAAAACCAACCAAUUGGCACGUUUGUGAUGAAAGUGAAAGCAGAGGACACUGACGAUGGAUCUAAUGCUAGAAUACUGUACCAAAUAUCAAAGGACUCAAAUUCUGAAGCGUCCUCUUUUCUCACCAUCAACUCAGAAACAGGGCAGCUCUUCACAUCACGUCGUUUUGAUUAUGAACAGUCAGUUCACUUCCAAAUUAAGGUGAUAGCUCGAGAUGGAGGCGACCCUCCACGCUCCACCACCUGUACCAUAAACGUUUUUAUUAAGGACCAAAAUGAUAAUACACCUGUUGUCCUAUAUCCUGUCCAAACCACCGGGUUCAUUGCUGAAGAUAUGGUGCCAGUAGAAGCACCUAGAGGGUACCUGGUCACUAAAGUGGUAGCUGUGGACGCAGACUCUGGCCAUAACGCCUGGCUUUCUUAUAGAAUAAUCAAAGCAACGCGACCUAAUCUGUUUACGGUAGGCCUGCACACAGGGGAAAUCAGAACAGCGCGAGCUUUCAUGGAGGACGAUGAACCGAAACAAACUGUUGUCGUUUUAGUAACGGAUAACGGGUCGGAAUCUCUCUCCGCCACUGCUACUGUCAGUCUCUUGGUGACGCUCUUUUAUAAUGCCUGA